UUGAACCAGAAACACGAGGUGCGAUUCUCAGUCUCUCCCUCUUCCGCGGUUUGUGAAGCACCGACCUCACUGAAAUCGUCGAUCAUUCCUCCCUUGUUCUCUAUUGUUCAUUCUCGUUUUCACAUACAGAUGGAAAUGGAAGAUGAAAAGGAAGACAUGAUAAGCACGUUGCCGGAUGAAAUCCUCAGUCACAUUCUCUCUUUUCUUCCAACCGAAGUUGCUUUUACCACAUCUCUUCUUUCUAAAAGGUGGAAGCCAAUUUGGCUCUUAGUCCCCAAUCUCAACUUCGAUGACCAGAGAUUUAUGAACAGAGGAAAACCUUAUUUCCGCUUCAUGGAUAUGAUAUACUAUGUUAUUUGUGCAAAAAUUAAGCACCGCAAACUCAUCAAAAGAUUUGACCUAAAAUGUCAUGAAAAUCCUGUCAAUGAGUCAUUGGAAACCGCUGUUCUGAAGUGGUUAAUAAUCGCAGACAAAUAUGGAAUGGAGCACCUUGAAUUCCAAGGGUCUGAUAGGUUGAAUUUUUACAAUUUUAUUUUUGCUUUUAGUAAUCUCAUCGUUCUCAAGUUGAAAACGGUACGUGUGAAUUAUUUUUUACCGGUUGACUUUCCUUCGCUUAAAACCUUACAUCUGAAUGAUGUUUUUAUUGCCGAACACUGGUAUCUUUGUGAACUGGUUAAUUCUUGUCCAAUUCUUGAAGAUUUUGAAGCUAAAGAUAUAUCUGUGAGGUAUUGGUUACAGGAGUAUAAUGGAAAGUUUAAAAGGUUAACCAAUUUGGUUAGGGCAGAUAUAUCUAACUUGAAUAGCUGUGAUGUUCCUAUUGGAGCCUUUUCUAAUGUUGAAUUUCUCCGGAUAGAAGAGAUGUAUGGCCAUGUUCCUGUGUUUCCGAAUCUAACUCAUGUGGAGCUUGUCUUCCAAAGAAAUGUUGAUUGGUGUUGGGUAUUAGGGGUGCUGGAGAAAUUCCCCAAGCUUCAAACUCUUGUCCUUGAAAUGCCUCAACUUUUAACAUCGGUUAAAUCUUUUAUCUCAAUCCCAAGUAUUUCUCCCGAAUGCCUCUCUUCACAGUUCAAAGAAUGCAACAUUACAAAUUAUAGAGGACAGGAAUAUGAGCUACAAUUCGCACGAUACAUCAUGCUGAAUUCAACACACUUACGGAGAAUGACAAUAUGCAGUUCGUCUUCCAUGAAUUGCGAAGAGAAGCUUGCGAUGCAAAUGGAAUUGCUGUCCUUCCCAAAGAGCUCUGCCUUGUGCCAGAUUUAUUUUAAAUGAAGAUGAUUUGGCUAGCUACUGCUCCUAGAUGAUUGAAUUUUUAUUUGGUUUCAUAGUAUGCAUUAUGGACCCAUUGGACCAUCAUUUUUCGGUUUCACUUUUUUUCCAUGUUUUCCCUAGAUUACAUUCAUUAUGUUAGCAUAGCACAUGGUAAGGAGAUUACUCCACCAGAUUAUACUCAUACCAUGAAUGGUUUAUGAUUUUUUUACAAAUAAUUUUCUAUUCCAACUAAUGUUCAAAACUCUUAAACACACUGAGCUUAAUAGUCUGUUAACAUUUUAUAUUUCUGUACAAUUUAACUUUGCACUAGUUUGAUCCCUUUACUGAAGGAAUGUUAAACUCAAGCAAAAGGCAAAAGCCAUGGCAAAUGGUGAGACUAAGACCUAUUCAAAGUGUAUAGUAACCAUGGCGAAUUGAUAUGUUUUGGUGGUAC